AGGAUGAGGACGGGUCGGACGGGGCUAAUGGUGGGGGGGGGAUCCGCUCCCCAUCCUCCUCCCCACACCCCACCCGGGAGGAGCGGAGCCUCGGGUGAUUCAGCAACAGGAAAACCGAACGAAAAACAAUCCGCUGGUGCUAAUGGGAUUGGUUCUGUCCCUACCACGCACAUUCCAGCCCAGCUCGAGGGACAGCUCGGGGGGGAGAGGGGGAACAACGACGGAGCCAAAUCCUUCCCCGUGUCCGGGCGGCGGGGAUCGGCGCGGUGCGCCCCAUCCGCAGCCGGCAACGCGCUGCGAGCCUCCGUCCGCCGCCAAGUGACAAGUAUUUUCCACUCCCUGGGCUUCAUUACUUCUUGGAACACAGACCGAGCGCGUUGGGCCGCGAGGGGCUUUCGCUUCCCUCCGUGUUUAUUCUCGCUGCCGUGUGUUCUUUUGCCAGAGCCAGCAGGAUGAGUAAUUUCCGGAUUUCCACUGGCAAUGGAAUGCCCUCUCACCCAUCCGCUGCCUCCAGAUGCUCAAUGGCUUGAGAAAUUAUAUAGCCUAUGCGGCCUGAACAUGGAAAGGCAAUGAGGGUGUCAGGUCAGCCCGCAGGACACGGGCCGUGUAACCACGCUGUCUCCAGGAAUCAUUUCACGCACAGAAUCCCGACGUGAACCGCUCAGCACCGGGCUGUGUCUCACCGUGAGGGUGCGUGGGCCAUUGUCACCAACCGGAUGAGCUCAGCGCCAUCCCCAACACCCCGCACCCAACGCCGCUCCGCUCUCCCGGUCUCUCCAUCCCCCCGCAGCCCCGAGCCGGCCCCGCUCGCUCCCAUCGUGUGUCCCCGCAGUUCCCGAGUCCGAAUGACCCGGUCGGGGCGGUGCCAGUCCCGGUGUAUCGGAGCAGCGCCCCGAGCUCCGCUCGUUGCUGCGCCUUUAACGCGGCGCCCGCCGCCUCCCAGCCCGGCCCGGCAGCGGCGGCGCAGCGAAGAUGGCGGAGUCCGGAGGGGCCGAGUUCGGCGCGGAGCGGCCCAGCAGCAUGGCUGACAAGAACAGCACCCUGAAAUGCACGUUCUCUGCUCCUGGCCACAGCACCACUCUACUGCAGGGACUGGCCUCGCUCCGAGCUCAGGCUCAGCUGCUUGAUGUCAUCCUCACUAUAAAUAAUGAAGUGUUUCAGGUUCAUAAAGUUGUCUUGGCUGCCUGCAGUGACUAUUUCAGGGCGAUGUUCACAGGCGGGAUGAGAGAAGCCAGCCAAGAUGUGAUCGAACUGAAAGGCGUAUCUGCAAAAGGACUGAAACACAUAAUAGACUUCGCUUACAGUGCUGAAGUGACUCUUGAUCUUGACUGUAUUCAGGAUGUGUUGGGAGCUGCUGUCUUCCUCCAGAUGGUGCCUGUCGUGGAGCUCUGCGAGGAAUUCCUGAAGUCUGCCAUGAGCGUAGAAACGUGUCUCAAUAUCGGGCAGAUGGCCACCACCUUUAGCCUCGCCUCCUUAAAGGAAUCCGUCGAUGCAUUCACCUUUAGGCAUUUCCUCCAGAUCUCCGAGGAGGAGGAUUUCCUCCACCUGCCUCUGGAGCGCCUCGUUUUCUUCCUGCAGAGCAAUAAGCUGCAAAGCUGCAGUGAGAUCGACCUGUUCCGUGCCGCCGUCCGUUGGCUGCAGUAUGACCCCACUCGCCGUGCCAGCGCCAGCCAGGUGCUCUGCCACAUCCGCUUCCCCCUCAUGAAGUCCUCCGAGCUGGUGGACAACGUGCAGACCUUUGACAUCAUGGUGGAGGACGUCCUGUGCCGGCAGUACUUGCUGGAGGCCUUCAAUUACCAGAUCCUGCCUUUCCGCCAGCACGAGAUGCAGUCCCCUCGCACCACCAUCCGCUCCGAUGUUCUGUCCCUCAUCACCUUCGGUGGCACUCCCUACACCGACAACGACCGCACGGUCAGCUGCAAGGUGUACUGCCUGCCUGAUGCCAGCGGGCGCCAGUUCAAGGAGCUGACAGAGAUGGAGGUGGGCAGCAGCCAUUCCUGCGUGGCCGUGCUUGACAACUUUGUCUACAUCGUAGGCGGACAACACUUGCAGUACCGGAGCGGUGAAGGAGCGGUUGAUAUUUGCUACCGUUACGAUCCUCACUUGAACCAGUGGCUGCGAAUCCAGGCCAUGCAGGAGAGCAGGAUUCAGUUCCAGCUGAACGUCCUGCAUGGCAUGGUGUAUGCCACGGGUGGGAGGAACCGCUCGGGGAGCUUGGCUUCUGUUGAGAAGUAUUGCCCCAAAGAUAACGAGUGGACUUACGUGUGCUCCCUGAAGCGCAGGACGUGGGGGCACGCCGGAGCCACGGUGGGAGGCAAGUUGUACAUAUCAGGUGGGUAUGGGAUUUCAGUGGAAGAUAAAAAAGCCCUGCACUGCUACGACCCCGCCGUGGAUCAGUGGGAGUUUAAAACCCCGAUGAACGAACCCAGAGUCCUGCAUGCCAUGGUCAGUGCAAACAAUAGGAUUUAUGCUCUGGGAGGCCGCAUGGACCACGUUGACCGUUGUUUUGAUGUUUUGGCUGUGGAAUAUUAUGUGCCUGAAACAGACCAAUGGACAACAGUGAGCCCAAUGCGUGCAGGUCAGUCGGAAGCCGGCUGUUGUUUGCUAGAAAAAAAGAUUUAUAUCGUAGGGGGGUACAAUUGGCAUCUGAACAACGUCACAAGCAUCGUGCAGGUGUAUAACACAGAAACUGACGAAUGGGAAAGGGACCUGCAUUUUCCAGAAUCUUUUGCUGGGAUAGCGUGUGCUCCUGUGAUAUUGCCACAGACGACGACCCAGAGAUAACUCAGCGCUGCUGUGUUGGCCAUGAGAUCCCCUCGUGUUGCAUGUUGUUGGGACAGCGUGUUGUUUUCCUUGUUUGCAAACGGUAUCGUGCAUUUUCUGGGUGAGGGAAGGAAAAAAAUAGCUUGUGUUCCCUCCUCCGUGAAGUCCCUCCUCUUCUUUUACGUAGUGUUCUGGCAAGCGCGCUUCAUCAGAAGCACUUGUCAGCUAGUUAGACUUAGCAGAUGUUACAGCUGGAAAAAGCUUUUCUCUUUUUUUCUUUAUCUGAACAGUGUGUGUGUGGGGUGGGGGGUGGGGAGGUGCAUUUUGCUAACUUUCCAUAUUUUUAACAAUACAACACGUUGCAAACAUCGACAGCUCAGGAGUAACUAAGUACUGUGGUAUGUUUAAAAAGAGUUCAGGUGUGAUUUUUACCAAUAGCUCCCCAAAUCAUUGUGUGUCAAUUUGUUGUUUGGUACAAAAGAAAUACCAAAACCUGUAUAACACACUGACCUCCAGAAGCAAUAAAGGGACAGCAGAGCUGGAAGAGCUCAGGUGCUUGGGCUGUGAAAGCAGAUUCUUGCUUUUCAGAGGUGACUUGCUUUGCUUUCCCCCCUCCAAGAAGGGGAAUGCUUACCCUGCACACCUCUGGCCUCUGUUGGUUUUUCACUGUUUGGAUUACACUGCAAUUCCAGAUCCCCCCUCACCCCCUCCAGACAUCAGCAUGAUAUUCUUGUCCAAAAAUUCUCUCCCAUAAUUGGGGCAUCCACGGUUCACAACACUAAAGCCAUGUUGAUAACUUGAUUACACAUAAACGAGCACGAUUUUUUAUGACUGCCAACAAUUUGUUUGGCUUCACUGGCAAUAAGAGCUCAGCAGCUGCUAUCAGGGCUGACCCAGUAAAGGCUGAAGCAGCACCCGGGGGCUAUGCAGGACCUGUCUGCACACAGCACCGCAGCCUGUUCUGCACAGGGAGGUGGGUGCUGCUCGCUCACCUGCUGGAGGGUUUCCUCUCUUGUCUUGUAAAUAAGAUACUGAGUCUCACGACAAGAUGGAAGCCCAAGCAGGACGGCCUUUGUUGCUGGUGGGUAUUUUAAAUUAGGAGAUUGGUUUUAAGGUGGCUCUGGUAUUUUUGUAAGAUCUGUGUUUGCUGCACAGAAUUCUGUUAUUUCUUGAACCGUCCUUUCCUCUAAGCCAUUUUCCCCCCCCUUCUAAUUAAUUAGACUGAUAAAUGAAGUUAAAGCUGCUUCUUUUAUCAGGCAUUCUGUUUCAAGGGCUUUGUUUUGUACCUGUGCAAGUUUGGUUUUGAUGUACGCAGCCUUCUUUUCAGAGAAACUGUUGCAUUCUGCUGGUGAAAUAAAGGCCGUGCUGUAACCCUUAGAGACAACGAACGCUGUCUGUUUGGCUGAUGAAUCACUCAUCAGGGCUGUGUCAAGCAUGAACUCCAUACCUCAGAUUCACUUAAAGGUAUUUCUGAUGAUUAAAGCACCUUGAAGAAUGUUCUGCUGCGAGGGCACGUGCUCCUCAGUUCACUUCUGCGUUUGAAAUGUUAGUUGCAAUGAUGCACAGUUUGGUUAGUUUCUUUCUGUCUGCUGGUUUGCCAAUAAUAAAGUGAUGGAAAGUG